AUGGCAUCUGUUGUUGUAGUGAAUAAUGAAUUAAGAGAUUCCGUUAAGGAAUACUCCCAAAUUAUUGAUGGAAUAAAUAAGAAUACUGAAUUUUCUCAAAGUAUUUCUUCAUACUUAGAAAAGGAAGAAAUCUCCAACAAAUCAGAAUUAUUAAACAAGGUAUAUGGUGUUUCUACUAGUGAAAACUUCAAGAAAUUGACAGAUAAAGAGUUUGAACCAGCUUUCUACUUGUUGCUUCAUAUUGCUUCCGAACUUUCAAGUAGUCAAGAAGUAUUAGAUAAUGCUGAAUCACCAAUCAUUAAAGUAUUGUUGGAAACUGACCCUGCCCAACCACCAUCAUUAAGAGAUAGAAGAUCUAUAAAAUCAGCAACCAUCUUAUCUGUCUUAAGUACAAUCUUCAACUUAGUUCCAGGUGCCUCCAAGACUAGAAUUACUCUCUUGAAAGAGAUUUUGAGAGUUAUCAAAACUUCAGGAAUUGAUUUUGCUUUAAUUCAAGAUAAUGUUUCAUCCAAUUUAAUCCAUUGGUUAAAACAAGCCAAUAGUGAUGAUUCAGAAAUUAGAAGUAUAUUCUGGCAAUUAAUUAAUUUGGAUAAUCAAUUCUCCAAAAAAUCUUUGGAUUUAAUUAAAUCAUUCACAAAUCAAUAUGAAUUAAAUUCUGGAGAAUUAAAUCAACUUAUCACAUUUGCAUUAUCAUCCCAACAAGUCGAUGUCUCGUUCUUAGUCAACAACAAUGUUGCUCAAGCUUUAAAGAACGAACAACAACAAUUAUCUACCAUCUUUAACAAAUAUGUUCGUGGAGAAAUUAUCACCAUUGAAGAAAUUCCAACUGAAUUACCAGCUGAUUUCAUUCAUAAAAAAUCCAAGAUUUUAAACUUGGCCAAAUACUUUGCUGAUGCUUCAUCCUCCCCAGAACAUGAUGAUAUUGUUUUUAAAUAUAGUGAAAUCCCAAAUGUUCAAUCUGGUGUUGAAUUUGAACAAUUAUUAAUCGAAGCCAUUAAGGCCGGUGUUAUUGAAGGAAAAUUGAAUCAAGUUGAAGAAUCAUUUUAUUUGAGUAGAGUUAAUAGAUUUAUUUUAGCAGGUGAAGACAAUUCUAAGAAUUGGAUUGCUGUUAAGGCUGCUUUACAACAAUGGAAAGAUGCUUUAACUAAUAUUGAUGAAGCCGUUGCUGGAGCUAGAGAAAGCAUUGUUGGUAGUACUGCUAACUAG